GACAACAUGUCUUCCCUAAAAGAAAUUGUUAUGAUGUACCAAAGUUUGAAGAGAGAAUGGGACAAAAAACCGCCAAACUUAGACCGCUGUGGAGAACUACUUGCGAAGUUAAAGGUCGCCUUGACAGGUGUGAUGUUCCUACCCACAGAUGAUUCCUCACCCACCAAACAGGAACUCCUUGUUGCACGUGAUAUUUUAGAAAUUGGAGCACAGUGGGCUAUCUGUAAACAUGACAUACCAGCUUUUGAAAGAUACAUGGCACAACUUAAAUGUUAUUACAUGGAUUACAAAGACAACCUGCCGGAGUCCACAUAUAAAUACCAGUUACUGGGCCUCAACCUUCUAUGUCUCCUUGCUCAGAAUAGAGUGGCAGAAUUCCACACUGAGCUUGAGCUCUUACCUGUGAAAGAACUACAGAACAACAUCUACAUUAAACACCCAGUGUCAAUGGAACAGUAUCUGAUGGAGGGAUGUUACAACAAGGUCUUUUUAGCAAAAGGAAAUGUACCGGCAGAAAAUUACACAUUCUUCAUAGAUAUUUUAUUAAACACCAUCAGAAACGAGAUAGCCAGUUGUAUAGAAAAGGCCUAUGAGAGGAUAGCUCUGGGAGAAGCAGGAAGAAUGCUAUUUUUCGAGUCACAGAAGCCCAUGAAGGAAUAUGCUGUCAAGAGAGGUUGGUCAGUGUCCUCAGACAAUUUCUUCCACUUUGCUGUACAUGAACAGAAAGACACAGAUGAAUCUAUACCUGCCAUGCAGCUUGCAGAACAGACAAUAGAAUAUGCACGUGAACUAGAAAUGAUUGUGUAGUGAAAGUUCUAAAGUAGAAAUAAAAUGAUUACAUCUGUGUUCCACACAGUGGUUUGAUGGCAUAUUAAUUAGGUAGCACAUCUGUGGUUUGGAGAAGUGUCCUGCAACACAACAGGGCCGACAACCCCUGCUUAACAAUUGCCGUGGGAGUACUCUACAAAAAAUGUUAUAAGCAGCUGUUGCCAUCUAUUGUUACUUUGUAGUACAGUGUACCUGUGUUUCUGUCCAUCUGAUAGAAACACUAUCUCACUAACAUGGUGUGGUAGUCAAAUACCACACAAAGAUAUUUAACUACUUUGAAUUCUCCAUCAAGUGUCUGGUAGUAGCAUAAAAACAUACUAUUAACCAGUAGUAUAAAUGUGUUCAUCAAUGUGUGUGUGAGAGAGUGUGAGAGAAGAGGAGACAAACGUUCAUUCUGGGUAUAUGCUUACAACUUGUACUAGACAGUUCAUAUUUUGUUGUAUGGAGAUGCAAUCUACAGAUACAUGUACAUGCGAUGGAGAUGUUUGAUGAAUAACUUGUGGAUAUUCAAAGUAAAGAAUACAUCAAUGGAAAUACUUAAAAUGUUAUAUUUGGUGCAUAAUUUUCAUCAGGUGCACAUCUCUUUUUUUUUCAAUAAAAAAAGCAUUUCUUA